UAAUCAGAUAUCGGUUGCUUUUUCUUGAUUAGUCUUGUGCCACAGUCGGUACGCACACAAGCCGCGCAAAACCUUACAGCUUGUCCAGGCCAAAUUUUAUAAUCAAGGCGAGAGCCGACCAGCGUCUUCAAAUGCUCCAUUGACCCCGAUCCAAACCUCACCCAGCAGCACUGGUCAAUCCCUUCCACCUGUGCUACGCACGGUCCCUGAAGCUACCUUUCCCCCAAACCCCUCUCAUUCGUCUGUAUCUCCCCUCAAGCUUAUCCACAAUGCCUGACGACCCCUCCACCGAUCCUUCAUCCGCCAAACCCUCUGCAUCACAAAACCAGGAUCGUCUCCGUGCACAUUUCGCAAACCACGAAGCGUCCGCACACCCCAGCCGCUGGGACGACUUAUGGAAAGAAGGCACAUUCCUCCCUUGGGACCGCGGCCUCGCUAACCCCGCACUCAUCGAUGCUCUCAGGGAAAAGUGCGAACUGCUUGGUGCACCAACAAGCACCGAUGGCAAUGGCGAGAGAAAACGCGCGCUCGUCCCAGGGUGCGGGAAAGGCUAUGAUGUAGCAUUGCUGGCGGCGGCGGGGUAUGAUGCGUACGGGAUUGAGAUCUCGGAGAGUGCGGCAGGGGUGUGCAGGGAGUGGUUAAGGGAGCCGGGAGAGGGGAAGGAGGGAGAGUAUAAAGUUUGGGAUGAGAAGGUGGGGAAGGGCAAGAUGAAGUGUGUUCUGGGAGACUUCUUCGAGGAUGCGUGGGUAGAGGAGGCUGGGGGUUUGAGGGAGGGGUUUGAUUUGAUAUAUGAUAAUACGUUCCUAUGUGCACUCCCGCCCUCACUGCGCGCGGCCUGGGCGCUUCGUAUGAGCCGGCUUCUAGCACCGACCGGCGUGCUCAUCUGCCUUGAGUUUCCGACGCACAAACCUCCGACCUCGGGCGGGCCGCCGUGGGCGGUGACGUCUGGUGUAUAUGUAGAGUUGUUCAAGCGGCCGGGAGAGGAGAUAAAUUAUGACGACGCUGGCAAAUUGGUACCUCAAGAUAAGGAGGAGAGUGAUACAGCGUUGGUGCGGGCUGGGUAUUGGAAGCCAGCGAGGACGCAUCAGGUUGGGAUUGUGAAUGGCGAGGUCAAGGAUUGCGUGAGUGUCUGGAAGCAUAAGGGGUAGCACGGAGCAAUCGCUAGCCCCAUGAAACUGCCCGAAGAAGUUCAAGCCGUCCUCCUGCGAGUGCGUCUUUCAAGGUGCCUUCCGCAAGGAAUUGUAAUGCUCGCCUAGCCCAAAUCCAUGUCGAUAGUACCCCAGCCAGAUCUCCUUCCCCUCUUCAAUGGC